AGGGAGUCUCGCAAGCCCCAGCAAACACGCGCCCCAUUGUGUGAUGGAGCUCGGCGCCGCUGCCUCGACCAGCAGGUACGGCCGGCUCCUCUCUCGCGGCGCACCGGCCGGCAGCCUGCUCAACGGCGAGUGGCUCCGGGUGGACGCGGACCUGGUCGCGCACCCGCGGUACGUGCGACGCGACGUGCCCGAGCUCCACCUCUUCUACACCGGCUCCGCCUGGCGGAUCGUCCGCGGCAGCGACGACCCGAGCGGCGAGCUCCUCGCGGAGGCCGUCUCUGCGGCUCUCCACCCGGCGACUGUGGGAGUGUCGGGGUGGAGCUUGCUCGAGGCGGAGACGGGGGCGGUGCGGCACUGCCCGGAGUACGAGAUGGUCUGCGACGGCCCAAACACGGAGCUCCAGCCCUUCCUCAUGGAGGAGCUCGGGCGCGACUUUUUCCUGCGCGUGCAGCUGACGCGCAAGGGGCCGACGGCGCUAGUGACGGUGCCCGACGAGGCGGGCGGCGUGCACCUGCUGUGGCGCCCGCCCGUCGACCCGACUGGCCAAGGCCCCGGCAUCACCGGCUACCGCGUCCGCGUCUCGGUCAACGACGGCAUCUCGUGGCAGGUCGGCAUCAACGACACCGGCACCAGCGAGGCGCGCGCCAUCAUCACAAACCUGGUCGCCGCCGUGCCGUACCGCUUCCAGGUCGCCGCCGUCAACUGCGCCGGCGUCGGUGCAGACUCGGAGCCGUCGCCGCAGCUGUGCGUUGCUCCGGAGCACCCCCCCACGCCGCCGCCCGUCGCCAGCCGCAUGCUCGACCUCCUCUCGCUCGCCGCCGCGAACCGUCGAAACGACGCCGCCCCCGGCUGCACGGCCACCGAGACAAAGGUGGUGCGCGCGCUCUCCGAGGGGCACUGCCCCGCCUCGCUCGAGCCGCUACGUCACCUCUCCCCCGCCCGCUCGUUCGACGUCUUCUGACGGGGCGCGGCCGCCGGCGCGGGCUGCCCUGCGAGCCCCGUGCCCGCGGGGGGUGUAGCCGGCCUACUCUGCCACACACCCCUCUCGCGGGGGCCACCGAGUGUGAUCUCGAGAGUGGAGUGGCGAGGUUGCACCUCCCGCCCUCUGUCUUCGCGCGCGGGCGAGCGCGCCACAGGAGCCCCGCCUCCGCGGCGCGUGGCAUCGGGCGGAGCUUAUUCACGGCGCGCGCGGAAGCAUCGCGCAGUCCCGCUGGGAACGUCUGAUCUGUCACAUUGCGGCCUCUCGCAGCCGGGUGUGAGAGGGGCGAACGCUGUCGAUGUUUUCCCCUUUGCCUUUCCAUACUCCCUGAUUGGUGUGAGCGUGUACGGUGCUUGAUGACAUGUGCGUGUGCGUGCGAUUGGGCCGAUCUAGCCGAUAGGCGAUAGGACGCAUAUUGAAACAAGAUUGAAGUAUCGCGCA